AUGCAAGUAGUGUUCACAUCAAUAAUAAAUUUUGAUGAUGUAAAUGAGGUUGCUCUCCAACCUCAUCAACAUUCUAUAAAUGCUCUUACUUUCUCUUUAUGUGCCAUCUUCACUUUCCUUUCACCUCUUUGAUUCUCUUGUCCAUUUUUUGUGCUACACAAUUUUUUCAUAUAGUACUAGGCAUUUUUUGAAACAUUGAUAUUAGUCAUGGCUAGACUACUUGUUGUUUUCAUUUUGGUCGUCAUUGCAACUUCCAUGCUUCAAACAUUGGUCAUGGCAUCUCAUGGACAUGGUGGCCACCACUACAAUGACAAGAGAAAAUAUGGACCUGGCAGUCUCAAGAGUUUCCAAUGCCCAUCUAGAUGUUCAAAGAGGUGCAAAAGGACCCAAUACCACAAGCCCUGCAUGUUUUUUUGUCAAAAGUGCUGUAGAAAAUGCUUGUGUGUUCCACCGGGGUAUUAUGGGAAUAAAGCUAUAUGCCCUUGCUACAACAAUUGGAAGACCCAACAAGGAGGACCAAAAUGCCCUUAAGUUUGUUUUUCAUCAAAUUAUGCUAGUAAUAUUAUUCAAACAUAAAAUUUAUCUUAAAAUGAGAUAUAAAUAUAAUACUGUAUAAAAUAUUUAAGUAUUAUAUUUAUAUUUAAUUUUGUGUCAAAUUUUAUAAUAACAUUACUCAAAUUAUAUUCACAAAUCCUUUCUUAUAAUAAAUGUUCGACUUGUUACUUUUUUUUGUCUUAGUUUAACUAGAAGCUGGUUUUGGUUUUAUAUAAUACCUUGUUCAAUUUACGAUUAUGGUUUUAAAUGAGCAGGGUCUAGUACUCUUUAUUGCUUUAUAUAUGGAACCUCUAAUGCCUUGUUUGUUUUC